AUGGAGGCCAAGUGUUCAUCUGAUAGUGCUGGAAAACCCAUAAGAUGCAGAGCUGCAGUAGCUCGAAAAGCAGGAGAGGCGCUGGUUAUUGAAGAGAUAGAGGUGUCGCCACCAAAGGCUGGGGAGGUUAGGAUUAAGAUUAUCUGCACAUCCCUUUGCCAUUCUGAUGUUACCUUGUGGAAACUAAGUGCUGGACCAGGAGCAGUGUUUCCAAGGAUAUUUGGCCAUGAAGCAGCUGGUAUUGUGGAGAGUGUGGGGGAAGAGGUGGAGGAAGUAAAAACUGGAGACAUAGUGAUACCAGUAUUCCAAAGCAACUGUGGGGAAUGCAGAGAUUGCAAAUCACAAAAGAGUAAUGCUUGUACAAAGUUCCCUCUUCAGUUAUCCAGUGGAAUGCCUAGGGAUGGAACCACCAGAUUUAUGGACUCAAAUGGACAGCCAAUAUAUCAUUUUUUCAGUGUCUCUAGUUUUUCCGAAUACACUGUCGUUGAUAUCUCAAAUGUCGUUAAGAUCGACCCUGACUUUCCCAUCGACAAAGCCUGCCUGUUAAGUUGUGGGGUAACUACUGGUCUUGGUGCAGUAGAGAAGAUUGCACAGGUCGAAGAGGGUUCUACCGUAGCAAUUUUUGGACUCGGAGCUGUAGGACUUGCGGUUGCAGAAGGAGCAAGAUUGCAGGGAGCUUCAAAAAUUAUAGGGGUUGAUCUUAAUCCAGCUAAAUUUGAAAUAGGGAAAAAAUUUGGAAUAACAGAUUUUAUUAAUCCUAGCACCAGUGGAGAGAAGUCUGUCAGCCAGAUUAUAAAGGAAAUGACAGAUGGUGGUGCUGACUAUUGCUUUGAGUGUGUAGGAUUAGCCUCAGUUAUGCAAGAUGCCUUUAAUAGUUCUCGUCUGAGUUGUGGAAAGACCGUACUGGUUGGGAUGGAGAUGCAUGGAACGCCAUUAAGCAUUAACUCGUACGAUAUCCUAAAGGGGAGAAGUUUAAUAGGGUGCAUUUUUGGAGGAUUUAAACCCAAAUCCGACCUUCCAAUCCUUGCUGAUAAAUAUUUACAGAAGAUGCUUCAAUUGGACAAGUUUAUAUCUCAUGAAGUCAAAUUGGAGGAUAUUAACGAAGCAUUUGAGCUGCUACACCAAGGGAAGAGCCUCAGAUGUAUCAUAUGGAUGCAUAAAUAG